AUGGUAGUGAUCAUGCAACAGCAACAGCAACAGCAGAACCCUUCUGCACUGGUGCCACUCCUAAAAAAUCCCCAAUCCUCCGCCACCACCGUCGCCUCUGCCACCACAACCACUGCCGCCAUUUCCAUUAGGUCACCUUCCUCGCAGUCGCCACUCUCCGUCGUCGCUCCCCUCCGCCAGCCCCCACUCUCCUCGCAUCCGGUGCCAGUUACGGCGGUGGAGCCCGCUUUGACGGCGGUGCCGACGUGUCCGCUGGUGAGAGUCCGCCUCUCGGACAUUGCCCCCUAUGACGGGGCGCCGGCGGGGCCUUAUCUGAAAGCAAUGGAGGCUCUGUGCGGGUCUUUGCUGCGGCACAAUGCGGCGUUGAUCGAAUUGGGGAGCGAAGACACUGCUCUGAUGCGAUGCGGCUUGGAAGGUGCAAGGUUGUUUUUCAGAAGUAGGGCCCAGCUUGGUGUUGGGAAGGGUAGCCGUGGGGUUUACAUGUACAGAGCAGGAAGGGCUUUGGAGGAUUGGGAUUAUUCUCCCCCCUGCAUGGCUGAUAUUUUUAGGUGCAUGGGAAAGGCAUCUCGAUCUGCUUUGAGUGCCAUUGCAAGAUAUUUACGUCUUAGAAGCGAUGUUUUUAACCAUUUGCUUGAUGAUGCACCGUUGCCUGCUAAUGAGGUGUCUUCGUCAGUUCUUGUUGCUACAUAUUCACAUUCUUCUUUGCAAAAUGGAAGAGGUGCCAUUGGAGGCGGAAAGCCUACCAUGAAUGGUGAAGUUGAGAAGGGAUUGUUGACAUUGAUAUCCUCUGACACUCCUGGUCUUCAGAUAUGUGACCCCAGUGGUCGCUGGUAUCUGGCAGACAGUGGUUCUGGGCCUGGAGAUCUUUUACUGAUAACAGGCAAGGCACUUGGCCAUGCUACUGCUGGCCUACGUCCUGCUGCAUCAUAUAGAGCUUCUCCUGAUUAUUUUCUGAGUCCUAAUGGUGGAGGAAGGACUUCUCUUGCAUAUAGACUCAUGCCACAGGGAAAUGCUAUAUUAGAUUGUUCCCCAAUUGCAGCAGCUGGCCAUGUUAUUCCCCAAAGCUAUGUUCGAAUAUCUGUAAGCCAAUUUAUGGACGACCUUGCUGCUGAAGAAUUGAUAGGCAGCAGAUGUGAUAAUGCUGAUGUUGCUGCUCAAAACAGUAUGAAUAAGGAGCCAUCGUUAAGAAGUGUUCUAUCAGAUCCUUUAUCUGGCACAUUCCUUGAAGAUGCCAUGUUUGUCUCAUGUGGACAUUCUUUUGGUGGUCUCAUGUUGAGGAGAGUCAUUGAAACAUCCAGAUGUACUCUCUGCAAUACAGAAAUUGAAGCUGGUUCUUUGAUCCCUAAUCUUGCUCUUAGAGCUGCUGCUGCUGCUGUCAAGCAUGAGGAUGAACGGAGGUUAUUUCGUAAUGCUGCCCUCCGAAAGCGGCGGAAAGAAAUGGGUGAUCAAAUGGAUUCAAUGAGAAGAGUGAAUAGGGAAAAUGGAGAUUAUACUGCUGUUGAUGGACUUCAGCGGGGAGUACAAUAUCCAUUUUCGGUAAAUGAGAAAGUUAUUAUUAAGGGUAACAGAAGAACACCCGAAAAAUUUGUUGGGAAAGAAGCUGUGAUUACAUCUCAGUGUCUCAAUGGCUGGUAUUUGCUCAAGAUUAUUGAAACUGGAGAGAAUGUCCGCCUGCAGUACCGUUCUCUUAGGAAGCUUUUAAACUCAUCAGCAGACCAGUGUCCCUCACAACCAAUUCAAAAUAGCAGCUCUUAA